AUGGUGGAGAAAACUGAAAAAGCCUUAAAUAUUUGGAUUGAAGACCAGACCCAAAAAAAAGUUCCUCUCAGUUCUAUAAUUAUACGGGAAAAAGCUAAACAAAUUCAUCAGCAUUUUACAAGUUCAUCGCAGGAAGACGGCAAAAACUCGUCGUUUCUUGCAAGCAAAGGCUGGUUUGAAAAAUUCAAAAAUCGGUGUAACCUUCACAAUGUCAAGCUAGUCGGCGAGUCUGCCUCUGCAGAUCAUUUAGCAGCUAAGAAUUUUCCGUUAGAGUUGAAAAAUGUUAUUGAACAGGGAGGUUAUACACCUGAACAGGUAUUCAAUGCAGACGAAACUGGUCUUUUUUGGAAAAGAAUGCCAUCAAGAACUUUUUUAUCAAAAAAUGAAAAAACAGCACCCGGAUUUAAGGCUGCUAAAGAUAGACUAACCUUAUUGCUUUGUGCCAAUGCUUGUGGUUUUAUGAUGAAGCCAAUGGUCGUUUAUAAGUCACUUAACCCAAGAGCCUUCAAAGGUAAAGAUAUGAAUCACUUGCCUGUGUUUUGGAGAGCAAAUAAUAAAGCUUGGGUUACAGCACAGAUUUUUAGUGAUUGGUUUAAGAACUGUUUUAUUCCUCAAGUGGAGACGUACCUAAAAUUAAAAAAUCUCCCUUUUAAAGCUUUAUUACUGAUUGACAAUGCCCCAGGCCAUCCUUCCUCAUUAGAACUUCAGCAUUCUAACAUUAAAGUCAUGUUUUUGCCUCCAAAUACCACCUCACUCCUUCAACCAUUAGAUCAAGGGGUGAUCGCAGCUUUUAAGGCUUAUUACUUAUGGCCGGAAGUUGUGUUUUUCGAUAAAAUUGACGAUCUGAGCACCACUGUGAAUCAAAUCGUAGGAAUUGCUCGAGACGUAGAAGGUUUUGAUGAGAUAAAUAGAGACGACAUAGAAGAAAUGAUGAAUAACUAUGAUCAAGAACUUACGUUGGAGGAGCUGGAAGAAAUUACCGCAAUCCAAAACGAACCAAAACAAUUUAACCAGGAAGAAGAGGAAGAAGAGCCUGUGAAGCUGGAUUUUUCCUCUAAAUCAAUCAAUGAGAUUUUUUCAUUGGCAAACCAACUGACUGAACGAGUUCUUGAGACAGAUCCACUCACUGAAAGAGCAUUAAAGUUCAAAAGGGGAAUCCAAGAACUGUUGGUGCCAUACGAAGAAAUUCGCAAAGACGUAGAAAAUAAAAGGAAACAAACAUCUAUUACUAAUUUUUUCCAUCCUUCUUAA